CUCUUCGGCAACGUGCUGGUGUGCGCGGCCAUCGUCCGCUACCGGCACCUGAGGACCAAGGUCACCAACAUCUUCAUCGUGUCCCUGGCCGUCUCGGACCUGCUGGUGGCUCUGCUAGUGAUGCCCUGGAAAGCAGUGGCUGAAGUGGCCGGGUACUGGCCCUUCGGGGCUUUCUGCAACGUCUGGGUGGCCUUUGAUAUCAUGUGCUCCACGGCCUCCAUCCUGAACCUCUGCGUGAUUAGCGUGGACAGGUACUGGGCUAUUUCCAGCCCAUUCCGGUAUGAAAGGAAGAUGACCCAAAGGUUGGCUCUGGUGAUGAUCAGCGUGGCGUGGGCUUUGUCUGUGCUCAUCUCCUUCAUCCCCGUCCAGCUCAACUGGCACAAAGGUGGGGAUGUUGUUGCUGCUGCUGGGGAUAUUGGAGGUGGAUCUGACUGGGCAGCAAUGGGUGCUGUCACCACCUGGGCAGAAGACAUGAGCACCACGUGGGUGGCAUUAGUGGCAAUGAGACCCUCUGACGGGACCUCUGGCAGCAAUGAUACCCUCACUGGACCAUCAGAGAGCUGUGACUCCAGCCUCAACAGAACUUACGCUAUUUCCUCCUCCCUCAUCAGUUUUUAUAUCCCAGUGGCUAUCAUGAUAGUUACCUACACUCGGAUCUACCGCAUUGCCCAGGUGCAGAUUCGUCGGAUCUCAUCCUUGGAGAGGGCAGCGGAGCACGCGCAGAGUUGCCGGAGCAACCCCAUUGACUGUCACCAUCACACUAGCCUCAAGUCCUCCAUCAGGAAAGAGACCAAGGUGUUGAAGACUCUCUCUGUCAUCAUGGGAGUCUUUGUCUGCUGCUGGCUGCCGUUCUUCAUCUUGAACUGCAUGGUUCCCUUCUGCGAGAGCCCCCCCAGCGACCCCCAUGCUGGCCUUCCCUGCGUCAGUGAGACCACCUUUAAUAUCUUCGUCUGGUUUGGUUGGGCCAACUCCUCCCUCAACCCGAUCAUCUAUGCCUUCAAUGCUGACUUUAGGAAGGUCUUCUCCAACCUCCUGGGGUGCAGCCAGUUUUGCUCUAGUACUCCGGUGGAAACCGUUAAUAUAAGCAACGAGCUUAUCUCUUACAACCAGGACACCCUUUUUCACAAGGAGAUAGUGACUGCCUAUGUCAACAUGAUCCCAAAUGUGGUUGAUUGUGAGGAAAAUCGUGAGGACCCUUUUGAUAGGGUGUCCCAGAUCUGCCCUGACCACGAGAUUGCCACCGACUCUGUGUGCGAGCUGGACUGUGAGGGGGAGAUUUCACUAGGCAAAAUAACACCUUUCACUUCAAAUGGUUUACAUUAAAUUGCAUCCUGUCCUGGUCAGAUGUUCUUGGAUUGCACAACAAAAUAUUAGCACUGAAUGGAAAAACCUGCUUGAUUUUAUGCUAUAGUUCAGUCAGUCACUUCAUGCUAAACUCCCUUGUAUGUGUAGCACUUUGCAGGAUUUAGACACUGUCGUACAGAGAGGUGCCAGAACCAACUUAAUUCAGCGCUCCCCCAGACUACGAGCUCUCCUUGAUUAGCUGUGGAGAGAUGUUGUGGUACGAUUACAAUCAGUUGAUGUUUAUAACAUGUUUGCAAAUGAAAGGUGCCAUUAUUAGUGCUAAGUAUUAUGACUCUUAAAAAUGGAGAUAGAUACUGAAGCUGGCAUAGACAUUAAACAGAGAAAAAUUCUCCUACGCUAUUCAUUUGUUCAGAUUUUUUGUUUUUUCUCUCUUUUUUUUUUAAAGAUGGGAGUAGUGAGGUGGUGAUUUGGAUGAUUAUUUAAAUGUGUGUUUCUGCCAAAACAGUUUAUGUGAAAUCCAUGUUCUCCUAGACAGUGUUGUUGCCUACAAUAUCCUUGCCAUGUUUCCACAGUUGAAUAAAUAAAAGUU